AUGUCUAAGCCAAGAAGUAGGAACAGUCUAUUGUCUUCACACAACAGGACAUCAUAUUCCAAUUCCACCAAGGAUGAAUUGCUAGCUAUGAAAUAUCAGAUGGAUAAACCGGCCCUACCGUUAUAUCCAUUGAGCGAUUUGAACACCAACAGUAGUUCCGACACAGAUUCUUCCAAACGAGACCACGAAGAGCAUGAAACCACAUAUCCCGAUUUCAAACCAUGGAAGGACCAUACCCAACUAGCCGGUGAUAAACAAGAGCAGGAGAUACAGAAAAUGAGCAACACCUCGUUCUUGAACAAAGGUUAUUUCGAAGCUCCGCAAGUGUCGAACGAGUAUUACUCAGCUCGGAACUUGAUCCAGGCUACCGUGUUUUCGCUGACUGAUAAUUGUAACUAUGUCUUGCGUGAAUUGUCACAGCAUUUGGCAAAUGCAUACAAGACCAGAAAUGAAGUAAUAAACAAGAUCAAGUACGAUUCCAACAAUUUCAGAAUCCCACCAAGAGUCACGUUGACAGCCACCAAGAAAGAAGCGUGGUUGAAGGAUUUGGGCAACUCGAAUAUACCCAUUAUGAAAAUAGGCGAAAAGAUACCUCAUGGGAUAAGAAACAAGGUCUUGAUCGACUCAGUGUGCUCGAGAAAUGUCCCGCUCAAUCGAGCAUUAUGGUUCACUAAAUGUGUUCUAUUUAGCGAAUUGCUAGCCUUGAGAAGAAAGCAUCAGGCGAGAUUGUCUGUAAGUGGACCAAUCCCUGGUUCUGAAUUCAACACGGUUGAAAAGUUUGAAAUCCAUUGGUUGCAGGAAUGGACUCAACAGGUCUGUGAUUACAUAUUGAAGUUCUCAAGGGAGAUGGUCCACAUUACUACACCCGAGAAGAAGGAACAUUAUAUGAAUAAACUAACGUAUUUGCUCACAUAUGUCCAAUCUUUAUACGUCGAGUGUCUUGUUGACAAGACGUUCUUCUUGUCGGUGAUUUUCAAAUCCUUGAAGGAUGGCUUACCCUUGGAGGUUAAGCAUAUCAAUGAGCUUGUAUUUACCAGUAAUGAUGAUGAGAAACUAACAGAAACGUGGAUUGACGAGAUUGAUCUUAACUAUGGACAACGGUUAGUAUCACUUACUUUAAUUAAAAUCUUUUGGAAAGACAUUUUAAAGACGGACUAUUUGUGCAAGGAAUUGAGUGAAUUAUUAUUGCUUAACCACUUGUUUAUUAACCGGAUAUCCAGUUUGGAAUCCCAUUCAUAUCACCAUAAAUUUGCCUUGCCGGAAACAUUAGCUCAGAAUGUCCUUGAAAUGAUCUCAAAUACCGUAAUUUACCUAUUCAAAUACAACACAAAUGUGUUUAUAAUACCAAAGUAUUGGAUCCUAUUGCAAGAUCCAUUGGUGAAGAUAAUGGUGGAACACGGUGAAUCACAAUUAGAAAAUGAGCAAGAUGAAAUCAAAAAUCAACUUGAACUUAUCAAGUAUCGUAAUGAGAGCUUGAUAUUGAAUUUGAAACAUGUAGCUGAACACAAACAACCUAAGGUACGUGCCCGAAGUAACUCCUUUUCCAACAUGACACCUAUUGAGAAUGAUAUCAAUACAUUUAUGAACAGAGACACCAAUGAUAUACUACGAAUCUUGUGUUGUUUGGAUAGAGUCAAGCUAAAUAACGAUCUUGCCUCAUUAUUGAAGCCUACAACUCAUGGAAUUAGAAAAACUGGAUGUCCCAACUGGAGAAUCAAUUUGCGACUUGUAUUGUUUUGGUGUAUCACCCCGUAUAGAAGCCACAAGAAUUCAAGUGAAGGAAUAUUGAUUGUUUGUAAUUUCUUAAAGAAGCAUAUCCUACAAAGCUUACAUGGAAGUAUUCGAACUGAAUUUGAAACUGAGUUGCUUGAAAUUAUCUACCAGAUUGCCGAGUCUUAUGAACUGUUGUUUGUCAAGUACAACUUGUACGUUUUAAUCAAUGAAUUAUAUCAAUUGAAAGUCUUGACUAUUGCUUCAUAUUUGAGAAAGUUGAUUGCUUCUGGAAUCUUCUUUUUGGCGCCAGGUACAACGGAAGAUCUUUCUAACUUACCGCCCGUGGUCAAGAUCCACUUGGAUAUUUUACAGAGCUUACCAGUGUUGAAUAAUCGACAAUGUGAUAGCAUUUUAAAGAAGUGGACUCCAGAAGGGUUCAAUUUUAAGGAUAAGUUUGAUAGAGGACAGCAGAUUUUGCAAACUGAAAUUAUUGACAGACUUGUGAAUAACACAUUCAAUGUGAAUAUCGAAUCUAACUGGAACUAUAUUAAAUCGCUUAAUGUGGGAUUAAAGUUUUUAUUGGUGAAUUGGAUAACUAAUGUGUUGAAAACAACAUUGAACGACUCGCCCAAGUUGAUCCAUUUCGACCCAGUAGUCAUUGCUAACUUGUACAUGUUUUAUUCAAAUUGCGAUAAUCUCACUGUGUUUUUCAAAGUGUUGGUCAAGACAAUACUUAGAAAUGAAGGUGGGAUGAUUAUUUUCUAUCUUGAUUCAUUAUAUUUCAUUGCCAAGUUAGUUAUUCAUCAUUUCAAGUUGAUAAAAUCAUUAGCGGGAAGUAACGACUUAUCAUCAACCGGUUAUGAAUUGUUUAAAUUGAUAGUGACAACGUACAAGGAUUUAAGUCAACGAGAAUACAACUAUUUCCUGUUCAAUCAAGUAUGGAAUUUCAUUGAUGAUGUUAUCGAAAAGGAAUAUCAUGAAAAGGCAAAGAGGAGUAAAGUUUUGGAGAACCAGUUGUUUUCCAAAGAUACUAUGGAUACACCGAUGAAUAUCAAUACCGUGGAUGUGCAUCUGAAGAGCAGCAGUAGUUCUGAUAGAUACACCUCGGCUGAUUUUAGGAAUGAUUUAGAAACACUUCGUAAUUCUCGUGUGCAAGCACUAGACCCUCUGGAAGUUCAGGAUACUUUGGAUACUUUAAAUUUGGAAAUUUCUGAAUUGUCAUUGAGUGAAGCAGUAACUGCUCAAUUAGAGUACUUGUUCAAACAGGGAAUUUCACAAGAUCAGGAGAAUUUAAUCAUUAAAUUGCUAUUCAAUGCAAGAAUAUCACUCAAGGAGGAUGGUUCAUUUAACGAAUUGGUUAGACAGUUUGUUAUGAACGUGAUGCAAUCAGAAGCAGACUUUAACAUUAAAGCUAACUUCUUGAAGAAAUUGGUGAUUUCUGAAAUUUUCAAGAUGAACGACCUUGUAUCAUUCUGUCAAACAGAGUCGCAGGCUGGUCCAUUAGUUAUGGACGUAAUUAUUGGUAAUGAAGGUGAAGCUGCAAACUUGGCGCCUAAUGAAUCACUAGGGUUGAGCAUACACCGUGUUACAUUCAGAGAGAAAUCUAUGGCCAAUUUCAUAAGUAUUCUUCUGAAGGAAUUAUUAAAGGGUUCUAUUUUCCAUUCUGACUUGAUGGCAAAGCAUAAGGAAUCAAUGUUGAAAUAUAUUCACGAUGCAUUAAUUAUCCAUCCCAAAUUAUUAUUUGAGGAAUUGUUUGUGAAACUAUCCAAGGAGGACUGUAUAGACCUUUUGAAUUUGUUGCUUGGAAGAGAGCACACUACCUUUAUUCGUCAAUUGUCAGAUUUUGAGAUCUUAACUCCUGAUAUUAACGAGUUUAAUUUGCCCAUUGUUCAAAUGUUGAUCAAGAUAAUCAGUUACUAUGAACUUAACAAUCUGGAUGAUAUUCGUCAGAAAUUAGAAUUGUUACUCGGUACACUAAUUUCCAAAUGUGAAUUCAAGUUUUCAGCCAGUAAUUCGUUUUUUGGAGAAUUGUUUAGUUUUAUUUCUUGGGAACACAAGAUUUUUAUUUUAGAUAUCAUUGAAACUGAAUUUUUAACCAACACCAAGUUUGAAGAAACAAUCAGUUUGGACAAUGGCAGGGAUUUGUUACCUCCGUUCAGUGACUUCUUUAACAAGUUUUCAUUAUCUUCGGCAAACACGGUUGAUUGUUCGCCUGUGUUCUUUACCAAUCUUUGUGAGUUUCUCACAAAGUUAACGAAAGCGGUCAAUACACCACACCUAUUCACCGACAGCUUAUCCACCUCGAUAUUGAUAUUCUUACGAAUCUUGAUUAUACAUAAUCUGGCAUUGUGCAAGCUUAUUUCAAUAGGACAGGAAACUCAUGUUUUAUUUAUUCAGAAUUUGCUUGCUAUUUUACAUUCCCAGUUCCUUGGAUCUCAUGAAAAGCUUCGGAUCUUGCUUUAUGACUUGUUGUUGUUGAUGAAAUCGUCAGUUACACAAGAAUUAACCAAUGCUAUGGAGCCAGAUCAUGAAGGGACGUCUCCGGGGUUUUCCUCGAGUGCUCCGUCUGAUGAUUCGAAGAAGAACGGGUCUGUGCCUAUUGUGCCAUCCAUGCUGAUUCAACGGGUGUUUGAAUUGCCGGAUGAGCCCAAAGACGACAAUCCAUUCAAGGACAACAUAGAUGAGCUGCUUGUUCAAUGUGCUCUUAUGCUAGACGACGAAGAGUUGAACCAUGGUGGUGAUGUCCAUGCUUUUAACGACAGCGGCUUGGUUCUUUUGCAAGCAAGACCGCAUUCGGUAUCAUUGCCGUUUGGAAUACUAAAUAACAACGAGAAAGUAAGUAAUGAAAUCAAGAUGGUUAAAUUUAGAAGCUUUGAGAUCUUGGAAGAUACCAGCUCGGCAUUGAAUGACGGGUGUGUCAAUUUACAAUUAUUGGAUGCUUACACUACUAGAGAGAAUCCUCCAUAG